CGGGAAGGCGAGCAAAAUGCCCAGCCAAUGUGGCCAAGACGGUGACAUCUGGCUUGCGUACAUCUAUUCACCCCACCAAUAGCGCUCCGAGAUCCCACGAUCUUUUGCGCAGAUGUCGGCGGCCUAGAGUCUGCUGUUGGAGACACUGCUGUCAUGUGUGCGACCUGUGAGCUGUGAUUCGCGAGAUCUUGUUUUGAGGGUUGCAGCAGGCGAAGGUCUAGCACUUAAGAGGGGUUCUCGUCCCCGCGUUAAUUGUUGGGUGGCUUUUUCAAUUAUGAAGUUUUACCGUCGGUGGCAUCACAGUUGAAGCUGAUUGAUACUGAGAGUCAUUCUCGUUGUUGUACUUGUGAAGUGGUUGCUGUCUCACGAUGUGGAUCCUCCUCGUCUUUCUCGGAUCAGUGGCGAGGAUACUCGCCCAAACGCAAUACACGGCCACAGCUGCGGCAGAUGUUGAAAAGGCAAAGGCUACAGCUUUAACACUGAGUCCAGUUAGCAAUGUCGUUGGAAAGACUUUCGAUCGCUUUGUGACAAUAUGGGCUGAGAACACGGAUUAUUCUAUGGCAGCAGGAGACUCCAAUUUUGCCUUCCUCUCGACAAUUGGAAUUACCCUCAAUAACUAUCAAGCCAUCACGCACCCAUCACAGCCCAAUUACAUAGCCGCUGUGGGUGGAUCCACUCAUGGAAUUUCCGAUGAUGGCUUCUAUCGAAUCUCAGCAAGCAGCAAAACGAUUGUUGAUCUACUGGAAGCGAAAGGCAUCAGUUGGGGUGUGUACGGCGAGGAUGCUCCAUACAGUGGAUUCCAGGGAAACUAUGUGAAUCAGAAGAAUGGAAAGAACGAUUAUGUCAGAAAGCAUAAGUAAGUGGAUGUUUUCUUAGUGUCUCUUCUUCUUGGCGUUCGAACAAGACUUCAGAAGAAGCUCCGAAAUUGACGCAAGACUGACUGAUUGAGGACUUAGUCCGCUCAUGAGCU